AAGAAUCUAAUCCGGCAAUCCAUUCACUUGAUUAUGUGAACAUCAACAUUCUAUUUCACGCACACGACCAGUCAUGUCGACAGUAUCAUGAGUUCCUCGCAUUUCCUCGCAAGAUCACAGGGUUUUUGGGCAUCAAACACCAAGCAUCACAUGGCUGGUCAAGGCUUCGCCACCUCUUCCUCAGACACGGACACAGAACGAUUUACUGUAGGCGAUGGAGAAAGGAUAUCUACUCCCUGCCUCGGUCCCUGCGCCCAAACACCGUCGCAGCAAAGUCCCCGCUGCCACGCUCCUGAUUCUUGUCCCGAUCCUCACCCUCACCCUGCCUCGCGUCUUUCCCAUCUUCAACACUUCCAUCCUGUUUAUUCACACCCCUUCCCACUUUUAGCGCCAACGCUCCCUAAAGGCCCCAUAGACUGGCACCUUUGCGAUCCUUCCAACACUCGAUUCGAAUGUGGUCGAAUCAAAGUCCCGCUCAAUUACCUCAAUGAAUCGGAUGGAAGGAAGGUCGAGUUAGCGAUUGGGAGGUAUCUAUCGGUAAAUCCAAAGAGGAUGGGAUCAGUAUUUGUUAACCCAGGUGGUCCCGGGGGGAGCGGUCUGUCUUUCCUCUACCGUGCAGGGCCUCAACUUUCUCAAAUGCUCGAUGGGGCAUAUGAUAUCGUCUCGUGGGAUCCUCGAGGUGUCAAUGGGUCACUACCCAACGCCCUUUGCCACACUUCCAAACAAGCCCAAGAUAUCUACAACCUUCAGUUCUCCCGCCCCCUCGAGUUCAAUAACCUCACCGCCGAGGCUGCAGACCCCCUUCCGAGUGAAGACAUCUCUAUCCUCAAACAUCAAUUCAGGGAAUUAAUACGAAUCGGGCUUCGAUCUCUUCUCCCAUUACGGAACCGCCUCAGUCGUUCGAGACCUCGAACAUCUAUCCUCACUCAUAGAAGGACCUUCUUCACCGGUCAAUUACGCUGGGUUUUCGUAUGGAACUGAGAUAGGCGCUGUGUUCGUGGGGAUGUUCCCUGAAAGGGUUGGAAGGGUUUGGAUAGAUGGAGUGGUGGAUCCUGUCGUUUGGGCGGAGGUUCCGGAGUAUAAGUUUGCAUCCAGUAAGAUCUUUCCCUUUUCCUUACCCCUCUGGUCUCCCUCUGGACUUCUCCCGGGUGAUGGUAGCGUGAUGGGGUUGCUGAUUUUUCUGUUUUCUUUUUUUUUUUGGGGGGGGGGGUGAAUAGUUGAUUUGGUGGAUACGGACAAGGCGCUCAACGACUUUUUCCAGAAAUGUAUUGACGUAAGUUCAAUUGAAA